UCUGUGAUGACAGUGUUCUGUGGUGAUGACGUUGACUUGACAUACAUCAUAGAUUAGAGUGACAGUGACAGAACGGUAAAAAUGGUGUUUUUAUUAAAAAGAAAUAUUUUGAAUUUUGAGAGAUUAAUAAGUGGCAAAAAUAAGGAAGUUUACCAACAAAUUACUAUUUAGAUAUGUAAUUAUUUGUUGUACAUAUCAAUAUAUAUUUACAACUUUAAUAGAUUGUGCAUUAUACAUACAUACAUACUAACAAUAAAAAUUUUAGUUCGUUAUGGAGGAUAGUUUAAGUGUGAAAUCUAAUGAAUCGGUAGCUACAAGUGAGGAAUUCGAUUUUGUUGGCGACGGUGACAAACUCUGUAUCAGUAAAACACCAACGUUAGAUUUUCACAACGGUGAUUUAAAUGAGUUAACUAAUGCUUUGACUGAAGUUUUACAAGAGCCAGAUGAUCUAGACACUAUGAGUAGUGCAAUAGAAACUGAUGGGAAAAAAAUUGGGCAAAGCACUUUUUAUGGUAGCCCUGUGGAACCUGGAAAGGAUCCUUUGAGCCAAGAUCAGGAUACUCACAGUUCAUCUGCAGAUACUUUCAAUUCUAAGAAAAUAGAUUCAAGUUCUGAGGAAGAAUGUAGUAAUGUGGAUCAAGAAUGUACGAUAUUUUCUGGAGUCACAUAUCUGGGAGCAGCUGCAAUUAAUGCUCCAAAAUCCGAAGGUGAAAUUCAACGCAAUAUUGCAAUAUUAAAUGAGCAGAGCGUCGAACAAGGUAUUAAAGUGGCUGUUUCUGUUCCUUCAUCUUCUCAAGGGCUUGUUGUACUUUAUGAUGCUCUGAGUAAUUCGGUUAUAUCACGUUACGAAAUUCAUCGCAUCCUAUUCUACGCCCGAGGUCCAGCAGAUAGUCCAGAAGCCAGUUGUUUUGCAUUCACUUGGUCCCAUGGGGACACUCAAGAGUCGGCUAUAUUUCAGUGCCAUGUGUUUCGAUGUGAUAUAGCCGAAGCAGUGUCACGCGUAUCGUCGUGCUUCGCAAAAGCUUUUCAGAGGGUUCCUAGAUCUAUGAGUAGUUCAGUGGCUUCAGUCUCGGCCUCAGCUGCUGAUGUUAUGACGGGCUCCAUAAACACCUGCAGUUCAGAAGCCAGAAUACUUCUGUACGUUUUCGAGGUUAAUUUGGAAAUCAAAGAAGAUGACGGGAAAGGAUCCUUUUCAGCUGUGGGAAAGGACAAAAAUGGUUUUAGGUUAAAGAGCAAUUUAGAAAAGCAGUUGUGUUUAAGUAUUCGUCAGGUAUCUGAUAACGGACCUCAGUUGUUUAUCGAACGAUGUUUUGGAGUUUUGAUUGCUGCAGGAAGGCAUGUCAGACACUCGGAUAUGCAACUUUUGGAAAUGACUGAACAAACUGCAUCUGGAGCGACUUCUCACGAAAGAAACUGUACUGUGAUCUCGGCUAAUUGGGAUCCAGCAGAAGCCACAUUUGAACCUUUGAAUACAGAUACUCCGAAAGAUUUUAAACAAUACAUGACUGUUGCUGUGGACUUAGUAAUAAGGGGUAUACAAGAGCCUGUGAGAUUUCUAAUUGAAACUCCUGUUCGAGUCUACUCACAAAACGAGAGAAAUUUCUGGUACUUUCAAAGAAAAAGUUUGAUACAGCAGUUUUUCUUGAAUUUGAAAGAGGUUGUAUCGGAUCUCAACGAUGUAUAUUACGAAGUUUUAAAUAUGGAGACCUCUGGAGAAUUGGAUAGAAAUCUGUUGAACCUUAAUUUGAAUUUGUCCAGUUUGAUUCAAUCGCCUAGUAUAACAUCUAUAGAUACUCUUACACCAAAGGAGGAAUAUCUGUCGGACGGCGAUGAACCCCUCUUAAGCGGAACCGGUUCAGUAUCAAAAGAUUGUUCUGUGGAUGUGCUUGAAAGCUGGGCCGAGGUCCUUCAGAGAUGGAAAUCAACGAAUUUCAAACAAAGGCCUAAGCAACUAGCUAGUCUAGUAAAAUUGGGCAUACCGGAAGCUCUCAGAGGAGAAGUUUGGCAACGAUUGGCAGGCAUUGACGAAUCCACGCACAUGAUGGAAAAUUAUAGGUUACUUAUCACAAAGGAAUCGAGUUGUGAGAACGUUAUACAACGAGAUAUAGCUCGAACGUUCCCUGCUCACGACUUUUUCAAAGAAGCUGGCGGAUUAGGACAGGAUUCUUUGUAUAGAGUGAGCAAAGCUUAUGCUGUCUUCGAUUCUGAAGUAGGAUAUUGCCAAGGAUUAAGUUUUUUAGCUGCCACACUUCUUUUACAUAUGCCCGAAGAACAAGCAUUUUGCAUCUUAGUAAAGCUAAUGUAUGAUUACAAAUUAAGAGAUUUGUAUAAAGAUGGAUUUGACAACCUGUAUUUGAGAUUAUAUCAGUUAAAUAAAUUAAUGGAGGAACAUUUAACGCCAUUGUGGGUCCAUUUCACAGAGCACCACAUUGAGACGCAUAUGUUUGCAUCUCAAUGGUUUUUGACGUUAUUUACUGCUAGGUUUCCACUAUAUUUCGUUUUUCACAUCAUCGAUAUUUUCUUAUUACAAGGAAUUGAUACUCUGUUCCAAAUAGCCAUCGCUCUACUCAUGAUGUGCAAAAAGGACCUUUUACAAUUAGAUUUUGAGGGUAUUUUAAAGUAUUUUAGAGUAUCUUUGCCAAAAAAGUGCAGAUCCGAGGAAUCUGCAAAGCAACUGAUCAAAUUGGCUUGUAGCAUAAAAGUAAAGAAAUUAAAAAAAUACGAGGCCGACUUUAUAGCUUUAAAAGACAGCUGGGAAAUUAUCAAUUUGGAUUCAGAGGCUGCAGACCAGGCGGAAAAAGAGGCGAGCGAAAUCGAACAACUCAGACAAGCGGUGCUUAGAUAUGAAGAAGAAAGAAAACUGAUGAUGGAUGAAAUCACGCAAUUAAAGGAAAUGCUUAAGAGAGAAGUUCAUCAAGCUGAACAGGAGAAAGCCAACAAUGCGGCCACUAUCAACGAUUACAAGUUAGUCAGACAGCGAUUGGACACCCAAUUGCAUGAAGUCAAAGCGGAACUUGAAACUUUAAAGGAAAAAGUGACAAGUUGUGAAAAUUGUUCGAAAUAUUUAAAACAAUCUAGUCCAAAUAAGUCUCGCGGAGAUGAAGCAGCAACUGAGGAAGAACGAAUACGAGAAUUAGAGUUAGAAUUAGCCCAGACCAAACUUGCACAUGUAGAAGCAGAAUGUCGAAAUCAGAAUUUGACACACCAACUGCGAGCAACUGAACUAGAACUGACGACAGCGAAAAACAGCUGGCCGCCGUGGUUGAGCAAAACGCUGAGUUCCAUUAAGGAGGUAACCAAUAAGAAGGAAUUUUCUACUUUCGGAGUUCCGCAAACAAACAUUUCCGCCAAUACACCGACUUUUAUCUCUCACAUUAGGCGAGAAAGCGUGCCAUUAAAACAGGAAAAAAUUCAUUCGAAAGAAACUAGAAGAGAAUCGGUGCCGAUUAUUAAAGAUUCUCAAAGCUGUAGUAGCCUAAAAAGCCAUAACUGACUUUAGACUGUUUUAUGUUCGGUUAUUAAAGUUUUUCAUUUGACUUGAGGUUAUUUUUGAUGUUUUAAUAAAAAAUACUACUUAGCUUGACUGGACCACUUGAACUAUUAGUUUUAUUUUUUAUCUCUCAUAUUUAUAAACUGUGUCAGGCUGAGCGCGCCCUUGAACGAAAAUCGAAAUUCAGGUAUAACCACUCUAGUGUUGCAGGUGUUUUCAGCAUUGCUGUGGAAUUUAGAGAUGAACAGUAACAAAUUCGUAUAUGUACUAUAUAUUUACAGAUUUGUUACUUUCCAUCUUUAAAUUACCGUGAUAUAUCCGAACUUCGAUUUUCGUUCAAGGACGCAUUCACCCAGGCCAGGUUUAGUAAAAAUGGACCCUAAGCUUUGGUUUUCUAGAAAGCGGUACCGUUAUAUAACGGCCGUAAUAAAACAGACGGUGAUGUCAAACAACGUUGAAAGAAAAAUGCUGCGAGCAUUGCAGUGAAAAUAGAUAUAGUCAGAAAGCACGAGUGUGGAUAUAUUCUUACUACCGUUUUCUUUUUCUAGCCAUUUGUCUUUAUGAUUUUGUAACUAUACUAUGGGUGAUCUGGAUGUUGCACCUGGCCAUGAACACUUUCUAGUCGACCGUCUUUUAAUAUUUUUAAUAAAUGAAACCCUUUUUAAUUUCCAAUUUUAUCUUGGAUCUCCUGGUUUGUUUCAAUAGUAUGGUUGGCAAUUACUUCAAAUAUUAUUUGUAUCCAGAUUAAUAAGUGGGUGAGAGAUUUAGUUUCUUAGAAGCGUUAUUUUUUUUAAGUUACUUUCUUGAAUGUUGUUAAGAAAAAGCAUACAAGUUUCGCGGAACACAUUUUAAGGAACGCUGCUCCAGUCGAAUUGUGUUUCUCUUCAGAAGACAUAUUUUCACACUUUUUCCGCACUACAUAAACAAGCAUUUAGAAUAGUAUUUUUACCUAAAUAAUGAAAAAUUUUAUCUUAAAAAUUUACCUGAGGCCGAUGUUUAUAUUAGAUUUAAAUAAGAAAUGUGAAUACCUACACUUUCGAAAAACACUGGUCAUCCAUGCUGACGGCUAUUGUUUAUAGCUUAAAAUAUGACCCUACCACAAAUUCAAAUUAGGGUGUAAGCAUCAACUCUCUCUUCAAAACCAGUUCGACUGCACUGCACGGAAUAUUUUUUGUGACGGAAACCAAAGCUUGAAAUAUGGUUGGUUCUAAAUUAGAGAGUUGAAGUGUUUGCGAUGCGUUUGCGUUGACGUAAACGCACAAAAAUAACACUACGUUUAAGUCCAAAAUAUUAGUUGAAGUUGUUAAACGCAUCUUGAUAUUUACGUGCCCAGACAGACAAUGAUAAUUAAUUAGAAUUUCUUUUAAAAUUAAAAAACACAUGUCAUUUUGUUUACAUUACGAGUAUACGUACGAGCCCGUAUGUAUGUAUGUAGAUGUGAACGUGAUAUUUGAAUGUGCAUGUGUAGUUGCAAUUUUCACGUUUACGUUUGUAGCAUCACUUCAACUCUCUUUUAUUCAACAGCUCGAUGUGUGACAAAACCUUAAGACAAAUGUUAAACAAUUAUAACAGUAUUUGAAAACUGACAAGAUUUAAAAGUAUUUUUUUAUUUUAAAUUUCGUUUAGAACAAAAUUGCAAACUAUUACCUAUUUUUUAUAUUCGAGGUUACCGGUUUCUUAAUGUAAAUCGACUUAUUGAAUCUCAUAUUUAAAUGUUUUUAUAAAAAUUAACAUUUUUCUAAUUUCUAGGGUACAUCCUAUACAUACAAUACGAAGAAGCAGCUAAUCUGAUUAAAUCAGUAAAUUUAUUGUACCAAAUCUUUCGUACUCAGUAUUGAUAUUCGUUUAUAAAUAAUCACCUAUUUGAGCAGGCAAAUCAAGCACAAUUUAUUUUUAAAAAGCCAAAUGAAAUGUUGAGACGUGUAUAUUUUUUGUUUUUUUUUUUUUUUUUUUCGUUAUAAAAAGCUAAUGAUUGGCUUUCCCUCAUUUUCUAUUUAAUUCAGGUUACGGUAAUUUUCCUUUAAUAUACUUUAUAUUUUUGAGCAAUAUUAAACCAAUUACUUAUUUUUUAUACUUUUGCCGCGUUUGAGAAUCCACAUCGGAUGCAUUUUUUACAUCUUGAGCGUUUUUUUAUCCACAUCAGACACAUCUGUCCCAUUACAUUUACGUAUACUGAAUCACGUGAUCAAAGAUUUUUACAUCUGAGAUGCAUCCGAUGUGGAUUCUCAAACGCAGCAUUAGUAUUCAAUGAUUUAAGCCUUGUUUAGAGAAGGAGCAACGCGCGUCGCGAUGCGAUAGCGUUGCGUCAAGUGCCGCGAUUGAUAGGUUAGAUAUCGCAUCGCUGGUCGCUCUCACUGUGAAGGUUUGCGUUUAGUAAUACUAGGUUAUUUUACCGACGACGCGUCGCUCGACGCGUCGCUCGACGCAACGCUAUCGCAUCGUGACGCACGAUGCUCCUACUCUGAACAAGACUUUAUGAGCAGAAGUUAUGAUAAAGUCUGAUAUUUCGAAUUGAUCUUUAAAUAGUAGCGCAUUAACUGAGAGAACUAUUCCUAUGGAUGGAGAAUUAUAAAAUUACACGAUUGGUAUCUUGGUCUGAUCUUGUCGAAAGUGAAAAAAUUCAAACAAAUGGAAUAAAAUGUUGCGUUUUAUUUAUUUAUUUUUUCAAUAAAACAUACUGGGCAAUACUCGAGUAAAUUUUACCCAAAAUUCUCAGUAAUUGGUACUCGUGAGUACUUCCUUCCUGAUGGGACUCAUACUCAAAAAAUUACGAGUUCUUUAUAUUUUAGACUUUUUAGAGAAUACUUCUUAUUCCUUCAGCUGAUGAGUAACGAGUACGAGUACCUAGGCGCGCAUAUACAGUAUGUCUCCGUAAGUUGGAAUCAUAUGGACAACUUUUUUAUUAUUAAUUUUAGGAAAAAAAGUUAUUCAUGAUAAAAAGUCCUUCAUGACCCAAAACUUAAAAUAAAGUCAUCAGAUAUCAAAUUUUUCAAGCCGUAUACGAGGUUUGUCAAAAAAUAUGAAUUUUUCUCAAGAGUAAAGUAUGUUUAUUUCUUACAAAAUCGAAAAUUUUCAUCAAGAAAAUUGCUAAAUUCCUCACAAACAUCAAGAAAAGAAAAUCGAAUCAUGUUUAUAGUAGAGAAGAGAGAGAAAAAAAUUAUGGAUUACCGUAAUUAGGUGGAUCAAUGCAAAAUCUAGAAAAAAUCUGAUUUUUCAGAUAGAUUGGUGUAAUUGCAUAUUUAAAUGUAAUUUUUAAUUCUAAUCAACUUCUCUUAAUGAAAAUUUUCGAUUUUGUCAAAAAUAAACGUACUUUACUCUUGAGCAAAAUUCAUAUUUUUUUGACAAAUCUCGUAUACGGCUUAAAAAAAUUUGAUAUCUGAUGACUGUAUUUUAUGUUUUAGAUCAUGCAGGACUUUUUAUUAAGAAUAACUUUUUUCCUAAAAUUAAUAAUAAAAAAGUUUUCCAUAUGAUUCCAACUUAGGGGGACAUACUGUAUAUUAUAAUGAUCCUACCUUGGAAAGGUUAAACUAUUCCAAUUUCCUAGAGCUUUUAGUAUUAUGGCACCUUUGGCUGCCCACAAAAAUUAAAAAAAAAAAAAACUAAAAAUAAUACUAAUCGAUAAAUAUUGAAUUUGAAAAAAAAAAUCUAAAUUUUCCGAUUCGCUUCUUUCUUCUUGCUCCCAGUUCUUCUGCUUUCUGCUCUAACUGAUGUUCUCCAUUGGUCUCCUUUUACUGUUUUCCUUUACUUCUCUUACUCGACGAAUUCUCCUUCCAAGUUUUCCUUCCUAUUUCAUUCAGACUUAUCUUUAAUUUAAAUAAAACUUUUUUUAUCUUUCUUUUUAUUCUUUCUUUUUUAUUCUUUCUUUUUUUAUUUUUUAUUUAUUUUUAUCUAUCUAUCUAUCUCAACUUCAAUAUAAUAUUUUCUGACCUUUUUUUUAAAUUUCCCAAUUGGCAAUUCUAAAACCCUCUCUCUGUCAAUCUUCCCAAAAUAUAUUUGACAAUUCCAUCAAUUUUUAAAAUCUUACUACCAUCGCCGUCACAAUCCUAAGGCAAUUCCAAAUAACUUAUCGACCCAGCGAUAUACGAUGGAAAAGAUAAGAAUAUGUCAAAUGACUGAAUCAUGGCAGCAUAAUAUGUUUUAAAAUUUAUGACUGUUCUUUUGAGAGUUUUUUAUCUUUAUAAUUAAAAUUAAAAAUGGCGAGUACACAAUCAUAGUGUUAACUAAUUUAUAGAAUUUAAGAAGUGGUACUCUUGUUUUUGUUUGUAACUUUACUUACUGACUUACUACAUUAUUCCUUUUUUCUAAACUUGAGUCACUAACUAGAAUUAUUUAAAAUUGGUAAGGUACUCAUACUCGUUACUCAAUUUUUUCACGAGAAGUCCCUAAAAUUUGCAAAAGUACUCAUUUGCUUUGAAUGUUAUUCUUAUAAGUAUUCAUACUCAGAUACUUAUGAGUACUUUGUAAAGCUACUCAUUAUGAAGUAUAGUCCCUCAUCUGACUGCAAAAGUGGUACGUCAUGUUUUUUGUUUGCUAUUUGUAGUUGGGAUUAAGGGAAGGGGGCGAACAACAUGCACUAUGUCCCGGUGGUGGAAACUGUCGUGUGAUCUGCAAAAUUUAAAGUAACGUUGUUUAUCGAUGGAUUUUUUCGUUUGAUGCUGGCAAUGAAAUAUCCUUCUAUGCGCCUAUAACAACUUUGCAACCAUUUUCUGUCGUCCGGUUUUGCUACUUUCGGUGUAUGGAUUCUGGGAUUUUUGAAGUAGGUGUAAAAUCGGAAUCAAAAGUCAAAAAGUGGUUUAAUUUCUAUCAAAAUGUUUUGUAUGACUCUCAACUAAGAGUAUUGCCCUUGCAAGCAUUUUUUAUUGGGUGCAAAAGCACUAAACAUAAGUGGAACGUUUAAUGUUAUUACGUUCCAUCAAUUUAAAUAUUUAAAUAGUUUGAUAAUAAGUAUAUAAAAUAAUGUAUAAUGUUAAAAUCGAUAAAAAAAAUAUAUGACAAUAUACAUAAAUAAAUAAUUAUAUUGCUGGGCAACUGGAUUUGCCAAGGAGGUGUUAAAUAAAAAAAAACCUUUCUUUUGUCAUGUACCAACAUUGCCAUAUACCGUAACAGAAACGAUAACAAUUAACCGGAAAACAGUUUACUAUUUUGGGGAACAUUACAGUAGUCCAAAGACAUUUACAAGAUCUAUACACCUUUCUCGUUUUCCGACAAUUUCGCAUCACUCGUGGGUGAAAACAUCUUGUAUCUAAUAAUUUUCCAAAGAACUUAUUAUUUACUACUGUUAGGUUGACUAGAAUUAUUAACUCCUGUCAUCGUUUCUUUAAACAACUGCCAUCGGAUCUCGGCUAGUGUAUUUUUGCCACAUCAAAAUAAAGUCACAAAAAGCCAAAUCAAAUUAUAACAAUAAACCUUCACUAUCAAACACAAAAUGCCAUUUGUGGAUCAUAACUCAUACAAUUUUGGUAGGAAUCAAACAACAACAAAACAUUUAGCUGUGUUGGCACAUUACAAAAAAUCCAGUUAAAAAAAUUACCUAGCAAUAUCUUAUCAAGGUGCCAAUCGGUACACUGCACUUUUAUAAUCAGCUAAAUUUUCCGACAAGAUAAAAACAAAAAAUUUAAUCCGAAUAGUUUUCGAAACGAAUGUACUUAUAUACUCUACUCUCUAGAAUCACGUUUACCUUCUACAAAGAAUAUCAUGUAUGGCGAGAUAAUUGUAUACAGUUAGAAAUGAAGUAUUACAAACUUUCAAUACUUCAUUUAAAUUUUAAUAGCUUUAAUCUUGAUAUUUAACAUCAAUUAUUUGAUGUUUCCAGAUGUACUAUUUUGUUAUCUUACUUUUAAACAAUCAUGUGUAAUUCAUAAAUGAUUCUAUUUUCUUUUACAGUUGAGAAAGGGAGGCGUGUAAUGUAUAUUUUGGUUUUUACAGAAACUGCCUGUAUAUUUAUGGUAUAUUCAUAAAGGCUUUUUAUUAUCUUUGUGCUUUGUUUAACUGCGAAACGUUGUAUAUCAGAAUUAAUAAGACUUAUUAUUUUUCACUCUAUAACUAAUAAUGUAUGCUUUUAGUUUUGUACAAAUCUAUAUCAUAAGAUAAAAUAAAGCAAUUGUAGGGUGAAUUUCCUUAAAUCUGCAUUUAAUUGAGAUAACUUGUCUAAGGCUAAAACUAUAUCAGUUUAAUAACCUUUAUUAAUACUAUUUUUUUUUUUUUAAUCAUUAAACUCAUUUUUAUAAUGAUUUGAAAAAGGCAAAGAUGACGGUCUGAAGGUACAUGAAAUAUUCAUUAUCCAUAAAACAUCUUCGAUAAUGUCUUUACAUCAAAACUAUUGAAAAUGAUUUAGAAAAUCUUAAAUUUUUGAACUCAAAUAUUUUUAGAAAUGAAAAUCACUAGGAUUACCAAAAAUUUUUAUCAUAUAAAUAUAUUUUUUAUUGUCUUUAUUAUUCUUUUUGAGAUUCAAAAGUAGUUUCAUGAUUUUAACAUUAUAUAAACUUUAAUUAGGUCUAUUUGUGUAUAGGUCAUUACAUAUUCAUUUUUCGUCCUUGUCAUUAGAUAGCAAUUUUUGUAGAUUCUCCAUUGACAUUAUGGGAAGACUCCCAGUUGUUCCAUCUUUCUGGAUUUUGAGCUGCCUUUGGCUACAUUAUACCGAAAUAUUUCUUCAAAUCGUCUCUUUUGUGUUCCUUGUCCUAAAAUUUUAUCUUUUUGUUCAAUCGUUGGUCUUGGUCACAUUCAUUGUGGCCGAUACAUUUCAACUUUAGUUUCGCUUUUUUUCUACUGCAGUACUUUUGUUUGUGAUUCAUUCGUUUCUUUGAGUGUUGAACAUAUACAUUUUAAGUCAUUCUCUCCCUUGUUAGUUGUUUAAAUUGACACUAAGUGUUCUUAAGAUCGCCACGCCACAUUAUCUGAGGUAUUUCUCUAAUCCUAUUUUCUAGCUGUGGUUUUCAAUGUAUGUCUGUGUUCCAUGGUUCCAUCUAUUAUCUUAUUCCUGACUGUGACCUACAAAACUCUGAUUUCAGGUUUAGCAACAUGCUCUGGCAUAUUUUAUUGUUAAUAUGUUUCUUUUUUAUCUUGUAUCCUUGAUAGUAUCAUUUGUUUUUCCAUGACUUUUGUGUUUUGGUAAAAUAUAUAUUUUUGUUCUUAAACAUUACUGAAUGUUUUUUAGUACCCACUUUAGCAUCACAUAAUACCGCCAAUGUCAAUCUGUUUCAUCUUCCAAUCUCUGAUGUUUAUUUUUCUUUAUAGCCUUUCAUUAUCUUUCUCAGAAAAAUGUAUUUAUCAACAUUGUUAAUUCAUAUUUUAAACAUUCAUAUCUAUAUGAAGAAAUAAAAAUAAAUUGACUGAAUAGUGUUCACAUUUUGGAUUACUCUUUAGAUAACUGUUUUACAACAUUUAAAUCACAUUUUGCUACUUCUCCUUAUUUAACGGCUUUAUCGAAGAUAUUUAUGCCAGAAGACAAAAAUUCUGAACUCAUGUGUUAACUUAGUUAAAAGUAUUAAUAGUUUAAUGAAAUUAACCCUCAACGAUAACGUGUGUGUAAAUAAGAUACACGCAAGGCUAGUGUAAGAACUUGUAGCCAUAUAUUUUUUAGUGAUAUAGUUGUCGUGAUAGAUAAUUUUAAGUUGUUUUAUUUUAUUACUAGUUAUUUAUAAUGUAUCGUUGUUUUCACUAAGAAAAUAAAUGCACCAAUUUGUAUUUUUU